AUUUAGGGUGAAAGGUAAAAGUUCAUCGUGUCUAAAUUAACACGGAACACGUGCAGCCCUGGUUGGAACAAUGGCUGCCAUUUAUUCGGGUAUCUAUCUGAAACUGAAAAGUGCUCAGACUCCAUGGGAGGAUAAGAUAAAGCUUGCUCGCUUUGCCUGGAUUUCCUCACAAUGUCUGUUGCCCAACAAAGAGCAGGUCCUGUUGGAUUGGUGCACUCAUGCUUUGACUGGCUGGUACAAGAAGAAAGUUGACUUUCCUCAAAAUGUAUUGGACGGCCUGUGGUGUUACCUUGAUGAUCUACUUCACAGCAGAAAACUUCACUCUUUUCUAAAGCAGGGAAAAUCCAUCAGCCUGAGACUCAACAUGGCACAGCUGCUGCUUGAUCGUCUUCAGGAUCAUGGCCACUCCGAGGCAGUGUGCUCAGUGGGUCUGUCCACACUGCUGAGUGUGUGUCAGGGGAUUUUAUCUGCUCCUGAGCUCUCUUCAAUCUUCACUACAAAGUACGAGCUGAUGGUUUCUCUAAUGUCCAGGCUAAUAUCACUGGCUUCUCAUCAAUUACAGCAGCUUUCAGGGUCACUAAAGUCUGACCAUGAAUCGGAUAUGGAGGCUCUCCAAAGUCAGCCUGCCUGGGAUGCAGACAAAGAAUUUGAUAUAGGUCAUCAAAGUAAUCUACAAGCUGACUCUAAAUCUAACUCAAAAUUCACAGAAAACUUGGCUUCGGAUAAAUUAUUUGAAGUUUUGCUUCUUGCAUUGACAUGUUACUCAUUGGUUCAACGUCAACAACCUAAUCCUAAUCGGGUUUUUACUUUAGUGACCGACCAGCUCUUCCAGCCUAUGAUAUUUCUUAGACACUGGCUGUCCCCAGCUGCUCUGUCCUCUCCCACACCACCACCAGUGUCUCAGCAGAUGUGCAGAGAUAUCCGUACCAAGAUUGACACAAUCCUCCAGUUAGCUCUUUUUGCACCUGAGCGCAUGUCUCUGUACCAGGAAGAACUGACCAAGGCGGAUUCUGGGAAGAGAGUCUCUGGAACAGCAAAACGAUCCUUGAAACCAACUAGUGUUUUACUCAGUAAAUUGACUGUUCAAAGCUUCUGCGAACCAUCACUUUACUAUGCUGUAAAGUCCAACAUUGUGCCAGUGCUGUUCAAACUAUUUCUGGAAAGCUAUGGGACAGCAAAAGGAGAAAGGAAUGAGGAGCAAGGGAUGUUGUGUUUCUUUUUUCUUGUUAGUUUGUCUAACACCUUAAAUUUGGGUCUGGAAUCACAUUUGUCUAAAAACACAGACCUUCAGAUGUGUCCAUCUCCUCAGAGCGCCCCCUGCAGGCCUGAAAGCUGGAGCCUAGCCCUACUUGCUGUUGAGUCUUUACUGAACAGUGCUCUUUUUGGUGAUAUAUACAAUGUAGCAGCAGAUAGGAUUCGACAUGGAGAAGUUCAACUGAGGUUUUACAGAAGCCUGGCAGAAAUGCUUCUCAAACAGGCCCAGCCAAGCAUUCCAGCAUGGUAUCGUUGUUUGAAGGCUUUAUUAAGUCUAAAUCAUCUGAUUCUUGAGCCUGACCUAGAGCAGUUGUUAUCACUGGCUUGGGUCAACAUGGACUGCACUAACUCAAGAGUGCUACAAGCCAAGCAGGUUGCGGUUUGCAGUAUUCUUCAGACUUACACUAAGCUUCGUCAGAUGCCCAAAUUAUUUUCAGAUCUCCUGUCUGUAAUAACCAAGACAGCCCUGGACCAGCCUAGACCUCCUCUUCUGUCUGGGGAGGUCUUCUCCACACUCAGGACCUGUCUCCUGGACACUCCAUCAUCUCAAACAAUUGAGAUCUGCUUGUUAGUGCUGCAAAGCAUCAAAAAAUAUACUCCCCAAAAACAAACAAUAACAGAUGAUAUAAACGUGCAGGAUGAAGUUGCAUUUAAUGCAGACUCAUCCCUGAAAAUUAUGUCUCUGAGUCAGAUUCUACAUUCAGUUUUAUUUAAUUUAAAGACACUGGACAAUGGCUCUCCUCUCCCAUUGGUAAGACAAAGUCAAAAACUUAUGGAAACGAUGCAUGAAGUAAUUAAGGAGUUGCAACAACAUCUAGCAAAGGUGGACACAAAAACUAAACCCUCUGUUCAAAAACCACCUAAGAAAGUAAAAAAGGGGCAGAAAGUUGUGGACUCCGAAACAAACUCACAGAUCAAUCAAAAUACACUAGAGGCGACUCUGCUCCUUAGAUACACAUUGGUGGAGGUGGACACCCUCUUUAGUAUCCACUGCAGCAAAUAUACGUCGCUAGAACCUGCUCAUCAAGUUACAAGUGAAAAUGAAGACCAAAUUACCUCUGCUUCUCCUGUGAUCGAGUGUAUUCAAAAUCUUCUUUCAGGAGAGAUUUUUCCCCAGUCAGUUGUGAUUGCCAGCGGUCCAUUCAGCUCUUUGCUUCUUCGACAUCUUCUAUUACAACAAAUGAAGAAAAUAUUGUCAAUGCCCUCAAUGCUUUCCGAACCAAGUUCUACGGGAGUUUUAAACCAGGCAGCCCACUUUAUUGCUUCUGAGAUUGAGAAGUGUCUAAAUGUAGAUCAGAUGUGGAUUGGGCACAUGUAUGCUGUGAAUGGCAGCUCCUACCUGGUUGCAUAUUGGUAUCUUGUCACUUCAAAUUUGCCUCUGAUCUUGCCCUAUCUUGAUGACGAAGAUGUGCGUUCUAUUGCCACUGUUCUUAUAGGUUCACAGCUUACAAGACCUACACAAGACAAGGACACACUGCACAACUGUCUGACUGUUCCGCUGAUAUCAUCUCAGUUACUUAAAAGCCACAUUUUUCCAGAAUUACCUUCUUUAUUUUCCGCCACAGUUCAGUUUCUUUUGCAAAGUGUACUCAAAGUUCUGAGAACUGCUCCACAAAAUUUGGACAUUUUCCAAAAUACUUCUCGGAUACAAAAAGAAAUGGUAGUUGAGAGGAUAUUGGCAUCUUUAACAAUUGAUAACGAAUGUGUGGAGCUUAGCAGUACGCAGAAAACAGACAUAUUGAACAUGCUCCAAAUAAUGAAAGUCUUAAACCCAGAUGGGAUGAGUUCUGAAGAUUUGACUGAUUGUUUUCUUCUCCUCAUCUUCUUGCUCACCUCCACAACCUGCCAAACAAAAGAUGUGGACCACACGGAUGACCCAAGUUGUCUUCUGUUAAAAGGACUUAUCCAGAUUCUGAUUAGUCUCUUAGAGGGCACAAACUUUCCAAGUGUUUUAAAAUUCAUUCAUGGUGGCACUUUGUUGCAGGCUGUGGUGUCAAGUGUUUUGCGCCACAGCCUAAUAUCUACAGAGAAUCCAGAUUGGUUAGAUUUAGUAAAGGAAAUGCAGGCCUUUAUCAGUUGUUUAGUCCAAUUAAUAAUUACAAGAAGCAGCAGUAUACGUCUCAACUUGAAUCAGUUUGCCUCCUUCCUUUGUAGUAAGGAAACAAAAGACAAGCUUACAGACAGAGCCAGUGUCUCUACACUAACAGCCCAUGUUUUGCUUGCAUCACUCAGUACUUUCUCUUGUACCUUGACCUCUAAUUUGGGAAAGAGUAGAUCACUGGAUGAACUGCUGACUCAAAUACUCAUGCAAACCACAGCCACUCUCAGGCUUGCUGUCAAGUCAAUUCUAAAGCCCCAAGCUAUCCUCAACGUGUCUAGCAUUUUCAGUGAGGCUUUUGUGUUAGAGGUAGUCACUGUUAUGCUGAAAUGUGAGCUGUCCUUAUACUCAAUGGAGGAAAACAAGCAGACCUGCUCCAUCAGUCAUAUGCCUCUCUACCAGGGCUGUAGUCUGCAGGUACUUAAAGAAAUCAACUCUGCUCCAAGGCCCCGAGAGUUUCUAGUUUCAUCUCUGCAUUUCCUAUCCACAUUUUACUCUGCUGUCAAAAUGAUGGCAGAAAAGCAAGAAAAUGACAAGGAAAGCAAAGAUUUGGAUGACCUCUUUAUGACCAUACUUCAAAGCUUACAGAGAUUGUUGACGGCACAUUGGCUAAGCUCAACUGACCUCCAUGACCUGGAGCCCACUCUGCAAAAGCUCCUGUGCCACCUAGUGGACAAAUGUUCCUCUGAAAGAUUUAACCAGAUGCUCUUAAUGAUCAAAGAAGGACUAGACACUGUAAAACUUAGAGGUGGAAACUACAGGGAGGUGCUUUCCACUGUAAUCCUUGUUAAGCUGCUGUUUUGUUGUCCAUUACCAGAGGCUUGCUUUAAUGCGUUGUGGUUCAUUGCGCCCCAGAUUAUAUCAACAAUGAUGUUCUUGAUAAAAUCCUCCAGCCAGGAUGUGUCCCUCAACCUUCCCUUCACCAUUCCUGUGAUGGCUACGGUCACUGCUUUGCUGCGGCAGGGCGAGGGAGUCAUCGCCAACCCUCAUCAUGUGACUAUGGUCCUAGGGGCGCUUCAGUGGGUUCCGCUUGACCACUUGGCCCCAGAUGUGUAUGAGGCAACCUUUACAGCAAUUCAUGAGACAUUGUUUGCCAUCAUCAAGUGUCAUCCACAGGUGAUGCUCAAAGCCGCUCCAUCGUUUUUGAAUGUCUUCUACCGCCUGGUGGCUUCAAUCAUGCAGGAGGGAAAACAACGGAAAGACGCCGAUGCAGACAGUGGCAUUUCCCUGCGGUGCUCCAUGCUGGUGGAGAGGAUGUGCUCACACAUCGCUGCCACAUCUGAGGAUUUCACCACUUUGUCUGCCUUUAUAGUGGCUCAGUAUGUCACAGAGCUGCAAAAGGUUACUCUGCGACCAGACGUUAAAAUGCACCUGACCGAGGGCAUCUAUAUGAUACUGGACCUAUGUUUGGAGCAGGAUAUCAAGUUUCUGAUGGCUGGGCUGCACACGGGAGUGCGAGAGGUGUUCAAUGAGCUGUACAGCAGCUACACUCAUUACCACAAAACUCAGAGGCAAGGAGAGGAGAAAUAUACUGUAUGAACUGUGAUAUGUGAUAUAAAUGUAACUAUUGUUUGGAAAAAAAAAUCACUGCAAUCUGCUGUUAAAACACAUACAUAGAUUUUUUUCUUGCUUUCCCACCAUCUCUCUCCUUCAGUUUGAUUUCAGUUCUGCUCUGGUCUAACAUUACUGUAGUAGGUAACAUAAAUAGGCCCAAACCAGUGCAGAAGGGAAUAAAUGUGAGUCUGUUCAUGUUAAUUCCACUGGGACAUUCUUUCGACAGCCAAAUAAAAUGUGUAUUUAUAGGAUCUACCUAUGGGCUAUGUACGUGUUGGAGACCUGUUUAAGCAAAGCAAACAGGAGCUUAUAUUUUGGUUUUCUACAAAUAAAUGUAGGCGGCUACAUUUUCUAAGACUGUUUUGUCUAAUAAUUAUCUGAGGUGCUUUUGUAAAUCACAAAAGCCUAAAUGAAAGUUGUACUGUGUAUCAUGAGUCAAUAAAGUUAUUUUUUAUUUCUUUCAAUCAUCUUGAUCUUGAGCUAUAGCACAUGAAACUAAAAUGAAAGCUAUAAGUAACAGUAGUAAAUAAAAUGUUUGAAAAGUUCUGUC